CUUUGGAGGAGUUUUUCAGUGAUGACUUUGAUACACCGGUGCAUUUCAUUUGUUCCCUAACUGAAACAAUAUUUGUAGAACCAGCCUUGUUGAAUGGAAGAAUUUAUGAAAAAAGUAAAAUUCUAGAUUGGAUAAAAACCAACAAGACAGAUCCAUUUACGAGAGAGGUCAUUACUCCUCCUCAUAGAAAUAUUCCACUCGAGGCAAUGGUUCAUCCAAUAAUGAAAAGUUCUAUCGGAUUGGAUGUUUUUAUGAAAUACAAGGUGGAAAGCUUUUUCAAAAAGCUUGAUGCACUGAAGAAGGUGGUAAAUAACGAAUCUAUGGAAAGUGAAGAACAAGUUAAUCAUUUGUUUAAAUUAAUGAUUCGUUUUAUUUCGUCAACAUUAUUAUUUAUCAAUAGUUUAACGAAUGCAAAUAUCCCUGAUCAUUACAUUAUUGCUAAAAAUCAAUUGCCAAAAUAUCUUUCCUAUUUUGAUAAACAAGAAUUAUUGGAAACAAGUUUACAAGAAUGUAAAAAUUCACAAAAUAUUUUCAAUCUCCUCUCAGAUUAUAUCAAUGAAAAUCAUAUUGAUAAUGGAGAGUAUUUCAUUUCUUCGAGAGUAUUUUCCAAUACCACCACUACUUGUAUUGAUAGCACAAAUAAUACUGCUACUCCCAAUACUACUACUAAUAAUAAUAAUACUAACAUUCUGGAUUCAAUGAUUGGAGGAGGUUUAUCAUCAAUAGAUCAACAUAGUCAAAUUAUUCAAAGUCCUAUUCCACUCAUUUCUGUAAUUAAUAAGGAUAAUCAAUGGAUUAAAAUUCCAUCCAUUGAAUCAACAACAUGUAAUAUAGAUGAUUCAGCAUCAGAAUUAUUUGAAUCAUUAUUUGGAAAUGAUAUUUAUAGUCAAAUUCCAAAUACUAAUCAAACUUUAAACUUGUCAUCAUUAAAAUCUCUCACACACUAUCUAAUCAAUAAGAAUUCUAAUACAUUUAAUGAAGCUUUCAAAUUUUCCAUACUGAAACAAGGUUCUGCCUAUAAGAAGGAUGUAAAGAGCUUUUUCCAAAACAGUAAAUUGAAGAAGAGACACAUUCUACUUGUUCACUCUUCCAAUCAAAAAUUUAAACUAAUUCUAUUCAAUGCAGAUGGGUCAAGUAAUGACAUAUUUCACAAUGAAAUGAAACCACUCGAAGAGAUUGAACUUUCCAAUUUAUGCUACUUGACCAUUAAUGACAAUCCGAAAAAGAAUAUUUCAAUUUCAUCACUUAAUACCUUAACAAUUAAUGAUAGAACUGAAAAGAAAAAGUGGCUUUUUGAAUUUAGUAAUGAAUUUGAAAGAGAUGAAUGGUUUUACAUGUUAAAAUAUUGUUUACUAUUAUGUUGAGAUGUAAAUCUCUCACCAUUAUUAAUAAAUUAUCAACGUUAAAUUG